GGGGAGAGGAGAGGGAGAGGGCCAGCGAGGAAAGGCUAGAAAGAGUGACUGGUAGCCGGGAAUCCCUUGAAGAGAGCAAGCAAGCGAGGAAUAGGGGAGACUGAGACUGACCGGUAGCCAGCCAGGCAGACGGACGCAUGCCCGGACAGACAGAAGGCGCCGGAGAACCGAUAGGUUCCUUCUGCCUUUCUUUUUGAAAAGCAGGAUUUUGAUUUUUCAGUGGCGCCCAAGAGAGAAUGCUGGACUCUGCUGCCUUAAGCGCAAGCUAAGAUUUCUCAGCUAGGAAGGAAAGAUCAGCCCAGUCCCGAGAGGGGGAGGGAAGCCAGAGCCCCUGCCUCCAACCCCCUUCCCUCCCCCGACCAUACUCGGGGGCCAAACCCAGACCUUCCCCUAACCAUCUGACUUCCUCCUUUCCUUUUUAGCAUGGUGGCUGUAUGGACAGUCUGACAGAACAGAGACUGACAUCUCCCAAUCUGCCGGCCCCCCACCUGGAACACUACAGUGUUCUGCAUUGCACCAUGACCCUGGAUGUGCAAACUGUAGUCGUUUUUGCUGUGAUUGUAGUCCUCCUGCUUGUCAAUGUCAUACUCAUGUUUUUCUUGGGAACGCGCUGAAUGGAGUCCAGCCACCUGAGCGGUUGCGAACUCUCGCUUUGAUUUCAUCCCAAGAGCCUCUGAGGGGGAAAAAAAAAUCCAAAAGAGACAGUCCGAGACAGGGAAAGAGAGGGAGAGAAAGAGCAAGCUUUCUUACUCAGGGGGGAAAACGUUUUGAGCUUCAACAUGGCCUCGCUGUGAUAUGUAUGACGUUGCUGAUCACUGGAGAUUCCAUCGUUAGCGCUGAGGCAGUAUGGGAUCACGUCACCAUGGCCAACCGGGAGUUGGCAUUUAAAGCUGGCGACGUCAUCAAAGUCUUGGAUGCUUCCAACAAGGAUUGGUGGUGGGGCCAGAUCGACGAUGAGGAGGGAUGGUUUCCUGCCAGCUUUGUGAGGCUCUGGGUGAACCAGGAGGAUGGGGUGGAGGAAGGGCCCAGUGAUGUGCAGAAUGGGCACCUGGACCCCAACUCAGACUGCCUCUGUCUAGGCCGGCCUCUACAGAACCGGGAUCAGAUGCGUGCCAAUGUCAUCAAUGAGAUCAUGAGCACUGAGCGUCAUUACAUCAAGCACCUCAAGGAUAUUUGUGAGGGCUACCUGAAGCAGUGCCGAAAGAGAAGGGACAUGUUCAGUGAUGAGCAACUGAAAAUAAUCUUUGGGAACAUUGAAGACAUCUACAGAUUUCAGAUGGGCUUCGUGAGAGACCUGGAGAAGCAGUACAACAAUGAUGACCCCCACCUCAGUGAGAUAGGUCCCUGCUUCCUAGAGCACCAAGAUGGAUUCUGGAUAUAUUCUGAAUAUUGUAACAACCACCUGGAUGCCUGCAUGGAACUCUCCAAGCUGAUGAAGGACAGCCGCUACCAGCACUUCUUUGAGGCCUGCCGCCUCUUGCAGCAGAUGAUUGACAUUGCUAUUGAUGGUUUUCUUUUGACUCCAGUGCAGAAGAUCUGCAAAUAUCCCUUACAGUUAGCUGAGCUCCUUAAGUAUACUGCCCAAGACCACAGUGACUACAGAUACGUUGCAGCUGCUUUGGCUGUCAUGAGAAAUGUUACUCAACAGAUCAACGAACGCAAGCGUCGUCUGGAAAAUAUCGACAAGAUUGCUCAAUGGCAGGCCUCUGUCCUAGAUUGGGAGGGCGAGGACAUUUUAGACAGGAGCUCGGAGCUGAUCUACACUGGGGAGAUGGCCUGGAUCUACCAGCCCUAUGGUCGCAACCAGCAGAGAGUCUUCUUCCUGUUUGACCACCAGAUGGUCCUCUGCAAGAAGGAUCUAAUCCGGAGAGACAUCCUAUACUACAAAGGGCGCAUUGACAUGGAUAAAUAUGAGGUAAUUGACAUUGAAGAUGGCAGAGAUGAUGACUUUAAUGUUAGCAUGAAAAAUGCUUUCAAGCUUCAUAACAAGGAAACAGAAGAGGUACAUCUUUUCUUUGCCAAGAAGCUGGAGGAGAAAAUUCGUUGGCUCAGAGCAUUCAGAGAAGAGAGGAAAAUGGUACAGGAAGAUGAAAAAAUUGGCUUUGAGAUUUCUGAAAACCAGAAGAGGCAGGCUGCACUGACCGUGAGGAAAGUAUCUAAACAAAAAGGUGUCAACUCUGCCCGCUCAGUUCCUCCUUCUUACCCGCCACCACAGGACCCAUUAAACCAGGGCCAAUACCUGGUCCCUGAUGGCAUCGCUCAGUCUCAAGUCUUUGAGUUCACUGAACCGAAGCGCAGCCAGUCACCAUUCUGGCAAAACUUCAGCAGGUUAACCCCUUUCAAAAAAUAAUACCUAUAGGGAGGCAGGCAAUUUUAAAAUAAAGUAAAUAAAAUUAUAUUUAUAGAUGGACCUUUUUUCGGAGAAGCACUGUUGAAAAUUUAUAUUUGUGUGUGUAUGUGUGUGUAUUUGUAUAUAUAUGCAUACUUAUAUACAUAUAUAUGUAUAUAUAAAUACACACAGGUAGACCUUUAAGUAUGCACAUGUGUGUGUGGGGGCAUGCGUGUACAUGUGCAUGGACAUGCAUGCACACAUACAUACAUGAACACACAGAGAGAAGGACCAAAAACAUUUUCUGUUGUUUUGGGGAAUUGAAAUCUGUAGCUGGUAGGAAGAAGUACCAUUGACUUCAAAACAUGUGGUGAUCCCUUCUUAAAAGUUUUUAGUUCCUACCUUGUUCCUCUCCCCUUUCUUUCAGAAAUUGACAUUUCUCUUUGUUCUUUUUCUUGUUAAAAUAAUCUCUUUACUCCUCUGAUUCACUGACUUGUCAUAACUGAGUAUUUUCAUUGUUUUAUUUCCCUUUCCUGAUGAUACUGAUUCUGAUGACUUUUGAAUUUAAUUUGAUGUGGUGGGUCUAGACUUUCUUUUCUCUGUCACUUUUCACUGAGAAGGGGAAGAUUCCCAUUUCCUGUACUUCAAGCAACCAUCUGCAAAUAUUCCUGUAGCCCUAUGGUUAUCCCAACAGCCUUUUCCCAGCAUCCUGUGUCAACAGUUAUGCCAGUCUAGACAUGCUCUGUUGUGCCCUGUGACUUCUCUGCUUGGUAUUUAUAUUGCUUUCACUGUGUUUUAGGUAUUGUGGAAGGAUAUUAAACCAAAAAGAAGCAAGGGAGUGAAAGAAUCUAACAAUGGUAGAGAGACUUCUCUUCAGGGAAUGUUAUUGACUUAGGUGUUUUCUUCUAGCAAUGAGGAUUCCCAUGUAACAGUACUGCUGCAGAUUGAAGUCUGUCAUCUGAGGGCUACUUUUGGCUAGUUGGUCUCUUUGCCAAGCCCCCAUUAUUAUGAGUCUCCUUUUCAGCCUAUCUCUUCCCUAGACAAAAAAAAAAAAGAUCUAAACUGGGAGCAACGAAGUUGAGACUCAGUCUCCUGGCAGACGGAUUUAUCUCCACCCGCUCACCCCAUACCCAGUAGGUAGGUGUCAGGUGGGGCUCUCUGAAUAGCAGUCAUUUCAGUGUCCUGGUCAUCCCUCAUUCCAUUUGUAGAUUUUUAAACAGCACUGAUAGGAGUCUAUGGAGGGGUUCAAGACAGAACCUACCUGACCAAGAUCAUCAGCUGCCUUCAAAUUAUUAACCUGGACAGAGU